AGUUUAACUGUCAGGUAGGGGGUGGUUUAAAAGAGAGCUACAGCAGAUGGAGUGUGGGCAUUAAACAUUCUCUAAUUAACAUCAUGUAUCUCUAUGCAGCCUAUCAGAUUCCAAGAUGCAUCUAAAUGAAAAUAACGCGCAUGCUUUCUCUAAUCCUCGUCUGUCCUGUCCUUUUUAUCUGCUGGACUCGUAGCAGUCACAUCAUUAUGGGAGAUCGGAGCAGAGGGACGAUGACAUGCUGGUUAUUUUGUCCAUAAUUGCAAGUGGAUGGUUCUUCAUUAAAACUACGUUCCGCGGUGUUUUGUUAACACUAGUGGCAAAAUGUCUCUUACAGUCUUUUUGGGUCUGCUACUGGCAUCUGGUGGCUUUCCACUUGUUCGGAGCACUUGUCCUUCCCAGUGCAGCUGCUUUUAUCAUAACCUGAGUGAUGGUUCCAGAGCCAGAAGUGUGAUUUGCAACGAUCCAGAGAUUUCCCUGGUGCCCGCCACGUUCCCAGAGGACACCUCGAAACUUCGGAUUGAAAAGACUGCCAUAAAGAGGAUCCCGAGCGAGGCUUUUAGCUACCUCUCUAAUUUAGAAUUCCUUUGGAUGUCUUUUAACGUUUUAUCCUCUCUUAACUCGGACAGUUUUCGUGGCUUGUACAGUUUAGAGGAACUAAGGUUAGACGGAAAUUCGCUCACUUCUUUUCCGUGGGAAUCCCUCAUGGACAUGCCCAGUCUGAGGCUACUCGAUAUACACAACAACCAGCUGUCCUCAGUACCCUCUGAGGCUGCUCUCUACAUGAAAAAUUUAACCUACCUGGAUCUAUCCAGUAAUAAUCUGCUGACAGUGCCACCUGAGGUCCUCAACACUUGGUUGACGGUCAAACCCGUCCAGGGAGUAGAAAGUUCAAAAAUGAUUCUUGGUCUCCAUGACAACCCAUGGUUGUGUGAUUGUCGAUUAUACGACCUGGUCCAGUUCCAGAAGUCUCCCACUCAGUCAGUGGCCUUCAUUGACACGAGGCUCAGGUGUGCUGAUCCAGAGAGCCUCUCUGGAGUUCUGUUUAGUGAUGCCGAGCUCAGACGCUGCCAGGGCCCUCGUGUCCACACCGCCGUGGCCCGUGUGAGGAGUGCAGUGGGCAACAAUGUCUUGUUGAGAUGCGGAACCAUUGGGGUUCCCAUCCCUGAGCUGGCCUGGAGAAGGGCAGAUGGAAAGCCACUGAAUGGGACAGUUCAACUGGAGAAUUCAAAGGAGGGAAUAGUUUGGUCUAUUUUAAGCGUGCCUGCCGUGUCCUAUCGUGAUACGGGAAAGUACAUCUGCAAAGCCACAAAUUAUGCAGGGAGUGCAGAGGCCGUCAUUUCUUUGAUCAUAAGCGAUGCACCCAAAGCAGAGAAUCCAACUGUGGAUCCAAAAACCAAAGUGAAGUCCAAGAAGCCAAACCCUAUAGUCAAGGCAGCCUAUCAAGAAAAACACAUUGUAACAUAUGUUUCUCCUGCACCCAACAAAGUGCUACCACUUGGUGCCACAGUGAGCUACACAGGCCCGUAUCCAGGUAUGGAGAGCGACAAGGCCGCUAACAGUCGGACAAAUACCCAAACAGCCAGUCCCGACGGGUUUCUGGAGACCAAUCUGAGCAACCUGGCAGCAAACACGUCCUCACUUCAGCAAGACCCUGACAGGGUUGUGCGCUCUGUGAAAGUGAUUGGCGAUACGGAUUACACUGUGUGUCUGAACUGGAGGGCACCGACCGCAAAGAACACAACUGCUUUUAGCGUCCUCUAUGCUGUAUUUGGGGAGAGGGAUAUGCGCAGAAUUAACGUUAGUCCAGGUAACAACCGGAUCCUCAUCGAGGGACUGGUUCCAAAAACCAAAUACAUCGCCUGUGUGUGCGUCAAGGGGCUGAUCCCCAAAAAGGAGCAGUGUGUAAUCUUCUCAACAGAUGCAGCGGCUACUGCUAAUGGAACCCAAAAGCUCAUUAAUGUAGUAGUAAUCACGGUUGCCUGCGUGAUAGCUGUGCCUCUGACUGUGAUCGUGUGCUGCGGGGCACUUAAGAGGAAAAUCAAGAAGUUUCUGGGCAAAAAGUCCAAAGACAUUCAAGACUCCUAUGUGACGUUUGAGACUCUGUCUCCCAGUACCAAGGCCAAAGGCUUGGAGGGGGAAUAUCUCACCAGACUGAACGCAGAGGAGUCCAACAGACUGCUGUCGGCCAGGUCAAGCCUAGACUCUGAGUCCACCGCCAAAAUUGAGGGACAGCCGAAUGAAUACUUCUGCUGACAAUAUGCCUCAGCCACAAUUCCUCCACGCAGCCUCCAGAGUAUCCAGGCCCAGCCGCAGUACCUGAGUGCACAUAAUCUGUACCAGCAGUACGUGACUGGCCGUCCGUGAAGAAGAUUCAGGAUACUUUGCAUAAGUAACAAAGUGCACAAGUGAAUAUUCUUAUGUUGUCUUGGUAUUGUUGCUCUUUGUUACUGUGCUUUUGGACUUUUGGCUGGUGGUGGGGUUGUGGCUGAGCAAUUCCAGGAACAUGUUUUCAUGGACUUUUACCCCUUUAGAUAGUGCUGGAAUGAACUGAUUCAAAGGGAAAUGUUCAUAUGAAUUCUUGUAUAUUCAUGUAUAUGGAAAAAAAAAUCUAUUUAUAUGUGAUAUAUAUAGUAAUAUUAUGUAAGUAAUUGGGGAUUUGUUUCCACAUACACUCUUAAAAUUAAAGGUUCAAAAGUUUUUUUUUGUUUUUGUUUUUGCAGUGAUGCCAUAAAAGAAUAUGUUUUGGUUCUCUAAAGAAUCUUACAGUGAACAGUUUUUUUGUUUUAACUUUUUUUCUUGUGUACAACAAUUUAAAAAUAUAAAGAACCUUUUCCACUAUAAAGAUCCUUUUGUGGAAUGGAAAGGUUCCAUAGAUGUUACAGGUUCUUCAUGGAACCAUUUAUUCAAAUAAAGAACUUUUAUUUAUUAUUUAGAGUGUAGUUACAUUUCUAACAGAAUGAUGAGUCAAAUGUAACAUAUGCAAAAUAUGUAAAAUCUUUUGGGAUUUUCAUAUGCACCAACAUAGUCAUUGUGUAUGUGACAUUAUUUCUGUUUACCAUGUGAAACUUGUGCUACCUGUCCCAGGUAUCUUAGUAGUGCCCAUUUAUGCUUCA